GAAAGAGGAGAUUGCUAGCUUUUUUUAGAACAUGUUUGCGGAAGAACAGUGGAAGAGGCCAACUUUAGAAGGAGUAAAAUUCAAGAGAAUCUCUGCAGAAGAAAACAGCUCCCUCACUACACCAUUCACCGAAGAAGAGAUUAAGACUGCGGUAUGGGACUGUGAAAGCUCUAAGGCACUAGGGCCUGAUGGAUUCAACUUCAAAUUCAUCAAAAGUGAAUGGGAGACAAUCAAAGGGGAUGUCAUCGAGUUUCUAGAGGAAUUCCAGAGAAAUGGCAAGUUGGUGAAAGGUUUUAAUACCUCCUUCAUUGUGCUGGUGCCAAAGGUAGAAAACCCACAGAAAAUCGAAGAAUACAAACCUAUCUCGCUUAUUAAGGCAGUCUAUAAAAUUCUUGCCAAAUCUCUGGCCAACCGUCUUAAAAAGGUGCUGGCAGGGGUAGUGGUUGAACAGCAAAUGGCAUUUAUAAACGAAAGACAAUUGAUGGACGGGGUCAUGAUAGCAAAUAAGGUUGUGGAUGAAACAAGAAAGAAGAAGAAGAAAGCCUUUAUGCUCAAGAUUGACUUUGAGAAAGCUUACGACAAGGUUAGCUGGAGCUUCUUGGAUUUUAUGCAGCAAAAGAUGGGAUUUUCUACUAAGUGGAGGAAAUGGAUUAUGGAGUGCCUGAAAUCUAGCAUGGUGUCAGUACUAGUCAAUGGCAGUCCUACAAGGCAAUUCACGGUCUUGAGAGGCCUACGACAAGGGGAUCCACUGUCACCUUUCUUAUUUCUAAUCAUCGCAGAAGGGUUCAACGGGCUAGCUUCAACAGCAAUACAAAAUGGGUUAUUGAAAGGAGUGGAAGUAGGACAUGGAGGAUUCAAGGUCUCACACCUGCAAUAUGCAAAUGACACAUUCUUGUUUGGUGAAGCUACCGAUGAGAAUGUCUGGGCCAUGAAGGGUAUUCUGAGAACAUUUGAGCUUGUGUCGAGGCUAAAGAUCAAUUUUAACAAAAGCCUAAUCAUUGGCAUUGGGGUAGAGGAAGAGUGGCUUGACAAAAUGGCGUGGAUUAUGUGUUGCAAAAAAGGGAAUAUGCCCUUCAAAUUCUUGGGGAUCCCCAUUGGGGGUAGCUAUAGAAAGAUUUCCUUUUGGAAGCCGCUAGUGGAGGUCUUCCACAAGAAAUUAACAACAUGGAAGGGUCGGUUCUUAUCUCUUGGCGGUCGGAUCACUCUCAUUAAUUUAGUGCUAUCUAGUCUCCCCAUGUUUUGGAUGUCGAUGUACUUGAUCCCGAAAGGUACAAUUCCUUCUCUUGAUAAAAUUCGUAGAAGAUUUUUGUGGGGUGGGAUUGAGGAAGGUAAGAAAAUAAAUUGGGUUAAAUGGGAUACGGUAUGCAAGGAUAAAGAACUAGAGGGAUUAGGAGUGAAGGACUUAAGGAAAUUUAAUUUGGCGCUGCUAGGCAAAUGGUGGGGCAGAUUAGUGAACAAGGAAGAAGGGCUUUGGAAAAAAGUGAUCGUAGAAAAAUAUGGGAAAAAGGGAGAACCUAGCUAUAAUUGGCUGAGGGAGAAUAUUGGCUGAGGGAGAAUAUUGGCUACGGAUCAACUUGGUGGAGGGACAUUUGUAGAUUAAACAAUAUUGAGUGCA